GGAGCCGCAGAAGAAGAGCAGCCGCACUAGCUAACUGCUGUGUGUGUAAUAACAUUAAUGUCACCCUGAUAUCCUUGAGAAGAUCCUCCAGACCAGCAGACUGUCGGGCAUCAUGAGUCAGAGGACUGAGCGCCGUGGGAUCCAUGUGGACCAAUCAGACCUGCUGUGCAAAAAGGGAUGCGGUUACUAUGGCAAUGCAGCAUGGCAGGGAUUAUGCUCCAAGUGCUGGAGGGAGGAGUACCAGCGAGCGAGGCAGAAACAGAUCCAGGAUGACUGGGCCUUGGCUGAGAAGCUGCAGCGGGAAGAGGAAGCAGCGUAUGCCAGCAGCCAGGGAGCGCAGUCUCAGCCCCAGCCCCAGUCCCAGCCCCAGUCCCAGUCCCAGUCCCAGUCCCAGUCCCAGUCCACACCACCACAGGCCCAGCCAGGCAGCACCUCUCUGGGCCCCUUCUCGAAGUUUGAGGAGAAGAAGACCAAUGAGAAGACACGGAAAGUGACCACGGUUAAGAAGUUCUUCAGCCCCUCAUCGCGCACAGCCCCCAAGAAGGAAUCCCAAGACGGCAAGACACCCAGCCCAUCCAUUAGCCGCCAGUCGAGUAUGGAGACAGACCGAGUGUCCAGGGACUUUGUGGACUUCCUCAAAAACCUCCAGAAGCCCGGCCGAGAGAUCCACAAGCAGUGCCGCGCCUUCAUCGAGAGCCUCUCUUGCAAGAAGGACCUUAGUGCUGAUGAACUGUCAGAGUGUGUUCAGGAUUUCUACCAGAACAUGUCUGACCGUCUGAUGAGCCACUUUAAAGGCUCCUCAGAGUGUGUGGAGCAGGUGAUGGACCAGGUGGAGAAGUACAUCAUGACGCGUCUGUACAAGAGCGUCUUCUGCCCAGAAACCACCGACGAUGAGAAGAAAGACCUGGCCACGCAGAACAGGAUAAGGGCGUUACACUGGGUCACCAUCCAGAUGCUGUGUGUAUCUAUGGAUGAGGAAAUCCCUGAGGUCUCUGACAACGUGGUCAAAGCAAUAACAGAUAUCAUUGAGAUGGACUCCAAGAGGGUUCCUCGGGACAAGCUGGCAUGCAUCACACACUGCAGCAAGCACAUCUUCAGCGCCAUCAAGAUCACCAAGAACGAGCCGGCCUCAGCUGACGACUUCCUCCCUGCACUCAUUUACAUCGUGCUGAAGGCAAACCCCCCACGGCUCCAGUCCAACAUCCAGUACAUCACCCGCUUCUGUAACCCCAGCAGGCUGAUGACCGGAGAGGACGGCUACUAUUUCACCAACCUGUGCUGUGCUGUGGCCUUCAUCGAGAAGCUGGAUGCCCAGUCUCUCAACCUGUCCCCGGAGGACUUUGAGCGCUACAUGUCGGGCCAGGCCUCCCCUCGACAACACGACUCGGACGCCGGCUGGCCCCAGACCGGCCCCGCGCCCAGCACCGUCGCCACCAACACCGCCUUAGCUCAGCUCCACGACAACCUGGAGGCGCUGCUGGGCCUCAGCAGUCGACAGGAGAAUCUGAUGGAGGCUGCCCAGAGCCUGCAGAGUGACCUUGUGUCCUGGCAGGAGAGCGUGCAGCAGGAGGUGAAGGACAUCCUGGAGAAAUACCCCCUCGAAAUCCGGCCUCCCGCGGCUUCCGCCAUCGAUGCCGACAAUGUGGAAAACGAUCGCCUGCCGCCGCCCCUCACACCCCAAGUGUUUGCUGGGUAG